AUGUUUGUGGACUUAUUGUUUGCUGAUGAUGCAGCUUUCGUGGCAGCGUCCCAGAGGAGGAGGAGAAUGGUCAACCAAUUUAAUGGCGCUUGCAAACUCUUUUCGAUGUCCAUAAAUGCCAGGAAGACUGUUAUCAUGACGCAGGGUGGUGAUCUAAAACCAUCAAUAUUAUUAGACGGCAAUUCAUUGGAGGUUGUUGACAAUUUCUGCUACCUUGGCUCCACAGUAUCAAGCAAUUUAUCACUUGAUGCCGAAAUAAACAUACGCAUCGGCAAGGCCUCUACGAUGUUUGAGAAGCUCGGUGGCAGGGAUAAGGUCACAAAUGAGACAGUGCGCGGAACUGCAGGAUUGCCAAGCAUAAACGUCCCGUCAGUCGUACUGUGCUCCGUUUUGAAGAUAGUGCUAAACGAGACAUGGAAAACUGUCGCGGAAAGUGUGACUGCGCACGAUAAAGACUGGUUUGACCAUUUGUCUCGCAAGCGCACAUUGACUCCUACUGGUCAGCAACAUGGCUGUCUACACUGUGACCGAGGUUGCCGCUCUCGAAUCGGACUUACUAUCACCCAUUCACCCUGGACGCCGUAUGAAUGUUCUUUUUGA